AUGGCAGCUCCACUUAACCUCGAAGAAGGUCAGUCGUCGACAAGACCUCCCCGUUUCAAUGGACAUUUCUACAGUUGGUGGAAAGUUAGAAUGCACAAUUACCUCAUGGCUGAAGACAGUGAGUUAUGGGAUAUUGUACUGGAUGGACCAUUCGUUCCAACGAUAGAAGAAAAUGAUGGAGAGAAGACAAAUCUUGUUCCAAAGCCUAAACAGAAAUAUGACGAAGCUGACAGAAAAAAGAUUGAAAAAGGUUUCAAAGCUAAAAAUCUUCUUGUCUGUGGGAUAGGACCUAAUGAGUACAACAGAGUGUCAGCUUGUGAGUCUGCUAAGGAAAUUUGGGACUGUUUGAAGACUACACAUGAAGGAACUGAACAAGUCAAAGAAUCUAAGAUUGACAUACUUACCUCACGGUAUGAGAACUUCAAAAUGAAGGAAGGAGAAACAAUACAUGACAUGUUCACCAAGUUGUCUUCCAUUACAAAUGAGCUGCGAAGUCUGGGUGAACCUAUAAGCAUGACCAAACAAGUCAGAAAAGUGCUUCAAAUUCUUCCAAAGUCUUGGGAAAGCAAGGUGGAUGCCAUUACAGAAGCCAAGGAUUUGAAGGUGCUGACUAUGGAUGCUUUGAUUGGUAAUCUGAAGACACAUGAGAUGAAUCGAAAUUACAAUUUGUCAAAGAAGGAAGACAAGAAGGACAAGUCAUUGAUGCUGAAGUACAAAUCAGAUGAAGAUUCAACUGGGCACUUCAUCAGAGAGUGUCCUUUGCUCAAGAAUGAAAACAAGGAACAUCAAAAACCAAGAAGUGACAAAGAGAAUAGAAGGGACCUGGUACUCGGCAAGAGAGAUCGAAAAGCUGCUGCAGAUUUAGUUGUCAAAAAGGCUCUUGCUGCAUGGGGUGAUUCCUCAAGUUAUUCAGAAGACCCUGAUGAGCCAAAAGAUGUGUCCAUGGUUGCUGUACAUGAGGAGGAAACUGUCUUCAAUGAAAUUUUAACUGAAAACAAAGUUAAACUUGAAGAGAAAAUGUCAAGAAUGGUGUCUCUAGAGUCAAAUAACUCUGAACUUAAGAACCAGUUGAACCAGAUUACUGAAGAAGCUGAAUGGAAUGUCAAUGGUUUGCAAGCUGAAAUUCAAGAAAAAUUGAAAAACUCUGAGAAAAAACUUGGUUUGUCGCUUGAAAAGAGUAACAAAUUAGAACAGGAUAUUGUCAAACUUAAGGAAUAA